CACGUCAUGGUUUCCAUAUGACAAGCAUGUGCCUCGCAUGUGCUUUGGUCAGGCCACUUACUAGAGGACGAGUUUCUCCCUUCUUGUAGUUACUAGGAACGCGUGGCCAAGUGCUUCUUACGCUUGACGUCCGUUCUCACAAGAUUGUCAUGCGAAGUGUCGUGUGCGCCGAAUAUGCCUUUGCUUCGAGCUUGUUCUACCGUAAGACCAAGACUGAUGACUUGCUCGACCAUUCUGCCAUCGGGACCAACCACUAUCCCCAGGUGUCCCACAAUGGAUGAUAUGGCAUUCAAACUGUCCUGGCUAUCCAGCUGGAAAAUACAGCACGAGUCGAGCCUGCCCGAUAUCGACUUCAAGAAACUGAUCGGGCAUUGUUCCGUCUACCAGGAAGUCGCGAAGUAUAUGGCUGAGCCGGAUGACAUUCUAUUACCUAAUACGAAUGUUGAAUACGACAUCGAGGAGGGCAGGAUACCCGGCACCGGAGCACCAGACCAUUCGUUUGAAGAUUUUCUGACCGCGCCUUCACAAUCCCGCCCGAAUGAGCAAGAAGACCAGUCGCCAAAAGAUCGCAAUUUGAAAGUCUUCGAGCAACAGGUCCUUGAUGAAGAUUCUGACGAGGAGGGGGAGGAGGACGAUGACGAUGACGAUUUCUUCCUGGACGAUGGAAGCGAUGUCGGCGAUGAUGAUGAUGAUACUUGCAGUUUUUCAAGCAUCGAGGACACAUACCCUGGCACCACAUAUCUGACAUUGCGAAGUGAAACGACGCUGUUGACUUCAACUAUCCUGAGAGUCAAUUAUGCGGCUGUGCUCUCCUUGUGGAAAGGCGAUGGGGCAUCAAGUCCACGAAAGUCUGUCCGCAAAAAGAGCAAAAACUCAUUCAACCUGUGAGGAUUGAGACGAGGAAACCUAUUUGGUUUAUUUUGGUUAUACAAUUCCGAAGAAUUCAGCCGGCAUUUCUUGCCCACGUUACGUGAGAUGGUUCAGAUACUGGAAGAGAUGCAGACCAGUCUAGAGAUGUUACUCCGGAUCCCAGUGCCUCGUAUAAACUUCAUUCACAGGUCG